CUGAAAUCAUCCGGAUACUUUGUGUGGAUACUAACGGCGGGAUAGUUAAACAUUUAUUAUAAUUUUGUGGAACACUUGAAAACCACGGAAACUUCGACAUACCUAACAAUAAAAAUUUAGAAUCAGACACAGAAACAAUCAUGUCCAUGCAAGUCGAUAGUACCAAUGGCGAAAAAGAAAUUCGAAUACAAACACAGGAUAAAUACAAAUUGACAUAUGUUUUAUUUUACGCAUUUGGACUUUUAACUCAAGUGCCUAACAAUUUCUUUGUGACCGCAAAUGCAUAUUGGAUGUACAAAUUUAGGGAUACUUCACAUCCUUUUGACCCUUCAAACAAAAAUAAAACAGAGCUACAAGUGCAGUUUACAUCUAAUUUUUCCAUUGUAUCUCAAGUUAUCACUGUUUUGUUUUUGGCUACAACAGCUAUUUUUGGAAAUAAUGUGGCGAUACAUAAAAAAAUUAUUUUUUCGCUAAGUUUAAUGAUGUUAAUGUUUAUGAUUACUAUAGUUUUUGUCGUUAUAGAUACGGAUUCGUGGCAACUUGAAUUUUACGGACUUACUUUAGCAAUGGGAUGCAUAUUAAACGCGGGGAGUGCAAUUUCAAUGUUGUCUAGUUUUCAGCUGUGUUUUAAAUUUCCACCUAGCUAUCUUGUAGCCCAACUCUCUGGUCAGGCGAUUUGCGGAAUUUUCGCUAGUGUAAUACAAAUUAUUUCAUUAGCUAACGGGCAAGAAAAUGUUAAAAUAAAUGCAGUAAUAUACUUUGGCACUGGGACAUUAUGCAUACUUUUAACCAUUUUAUUUUACCUAUUCCAAAGAGUGAAAUCGGAGUUUUUUAUGGGAUACGAAACGUUAAUAAUUCAGACCUUACAAGCUGAAACUCCUCGACCACUUAAAGAACUACUUAUAGAAGUUUUCCAUAAAAUAAAAAUUUAUUUGUUUAGUAUGGUAUUAGUUGUGGGAACAACAUUUUUGGUUCAUCCAGGUCUAACAGCGUUGGUGCAGUCUGUUGGUCGUGGAAGUAGUUGGAAUACAACAUACUUUUUACCUACUAUUACUUAUUUAUUACAUAAUGUGUGCGAUUUAACUGGAAGGGAACUGGCAAUGAGAAUAAAAAAGCCAUGUAGUCAAACAUUACUUUUCAUAACUUCAAUUAUAAGAAUAGGAAUGGUUCCAUUAUUAAUGUUUUGUAAUGCGACACCAAGACACCAUUUGCCAGUUGUAUUCAAUUCUGACACUGCUUACAUUAUUUUUAUAUUUGUGCUUUCCAUUUCAAAUGGAUAUUUAUUCAAUACAUCUAUAAUGGGCAUUUCAACUGUUACGACGAAGAAAGAUCAGCAAUAUGUAUUUAUAUUAAUUUUAGUAUGUAUGCUUUCAAGCAUGAUGGCAUGUUCAAUUAUGAAUAGUUUAAUAAUUAAAUUAAUAUAGAAACAAAUAUUAUAUAUAACUAGAUUAAAUCUAGAAGAUUUGUUUAUUGUAAUUUUAAUUAAUCAAAACAAAGUAUAUUCCGCAUUGACAUUGAUUAUUCUUCAUUGACGAAUUAUGUAACUAAAUAAAUAAAUG